CGGCUGAACCACUACCGUGCACCGUGUUACGUUACACCCCCCCCCCCACCCUGUACUGAGAUUUAUACGACUGAUAAGUAAACUACUAGUCUGGCACAUUACUAGGGAAAAACAUCAAAGCAGGUGUCUUCAAAGUGCCUGCUCAUAGACUCGAGUAUGUCAGGGGGGAUUUCUGCUAGCAUAGCCACCAGCAGGCUACGAGCCGAGGGGAUGGGCUCCAACGACCACGCCGUACCCUUCCUUAACCAGAACUAUGAGGCUCUGAGGCAGGAGUGUCUGGAGACAGGCUGUUUGUUCCAGGAUCCCUCCUUCCUAGCCGAGCCUCCCUCUCUGGGCUUCAAGGAACUGGCCCCCUACUCCGCCAAGACCAGGGACGUGGAAUGGAUGAGACCCACGGAGCUGACAGAUGACCCUCAGUUCAUCCUGGGAGGAGCUACCAGAACAGACAUCUGCCAGGGAGCGCUAGGUGAUUGCUGGCUUCUAGCAGCCAUAGCCUCUCUAACCCUCAAUGAGAGGCUGCUACACCGAGUGGUCCCUCAUGGUCAGUCCUUCCAAGAGGACUACGCUGGGAUCUUCCACUUUCAGUUCUGGCAGUUUGGUGAGUGGGUGGACGUGGUGAUUGAUGACCGGCUACCAACGAAGGAUGGAGAGCUCAUGUUCGUCCACUCAGCCGAGGGCAAUGAGUUCUGGAGCGCCCUGCUGGAGAAGGCCUACUCCAAGCUGAAUGGUUCCUACGAGGCUCUGUCUGGAGGCAGUACCACAGAAGGUUUUGAGGACUUCACCGGUGGUGUCUCUGAGAUGUACGAUCUCCGGAAGGCUCCACGGGACCUGUACAGGAUCAUCAGCAAAGCCCUGGAUAGAGGCUCAUUGCUGGGCUGCUCCAUCGACAUAACCAGUGCCUUUGACAUGGAGUCUGUCACGUUUAAGAAGCUGGUGAAAGGACAUGCUUAUUCAGUCACCGGCCUCAAGCAGGUGGACUACCAGGGUCAGGUGGAGAGGCUGAUCAGGGUGAGGAACCCCUGGGGACAGGUGGAGUGGACUGGGGCCUGGAGCGACAAUUCUUCAGAGUGGGAUGAGUUGGAUCCAACUGAGAGAGAGGACCUGCAUCUACAGAUGGAGGAUGGAGAGUUCUGGAUGUCGUUUCAGGAGUUCCUGAGGCAGUUUUCCCGUCUGGAGAUCUGUAACCUGACGGCGGACGCUCUGAGUGAGGACGGCCUCAGCCACUGGAACACCAUCAAGUUCCACGGCAUGUGGAGACGGGGGAGUACCGCCGGGGGCUGCCGCAACCACCCCAACACAUUCUGGAUCAACCCCCAGUAUAAGAUCACUCUGCUGGAGGAGGACGACGACCCGGAGGAUGAUGAGGUGGCCUGUAGCUUCCUGGUGGCUCUGAUGCAGAAGGAUAGGAGGAGGUACCGGGGACAGGGACAGGACAUGCACACCAUCGGGUUCGCCAUCUACGAGAUUCCAGAAGAGUACAGGGGCUGUCAGAACGUGCACCUAAAGAAAGACUUUUUCCUCAACCACUCAUCCUGCGCUCGCUCUGAGACCUUCAUCAACCUGAGAGAGGUCAGCAACCGUCUCCGGCUGCCUCCAGGAGAAUAUCUCAUCGUCCCCUCCACCUUCGAGUCUGGCAAGGAGGCCGACUUUGUCCUCCGAGUCUUCACUGAGAAACAGUCCGAGACAGAAGAGCUAGAUGAUAUGAUAUCUGCAGACUUGGAAGAUGAGGACGUCAUCAGUGAAGAUGACGUCGACGACUCUUUCAAAUCCAUGUUCGCUCAGCUUGCAGGAGAGGACAUGGAGAUAUCCGUUCGUGAACUCAGGACCAUCCUGAACAGGGUGGUGACUAGACACAAAGACCUGAAGACAGACGGUUUCAGUAUGGAGUCCUGUAGGACCAUGGUCAACCUCAUGGAUAAAGAUGGCAGUGCCCAUCUAGGCCUGAUAGAGUUCCAGCUCCUCUGGAAUAAGAUCAGGAAGUGGCUGGUCAUCUAUAGAGAAUAUGACAUGGACAAGUCAGGGUCCAUGAGCUCCUAUGAGAUGCGACUUGCUGUGGAGUCUGCAGGUUUUAAACUGAACAACAGACUGAAUCAGGUCCUAGUGGCUCGCUAUGCUGAGAACGAGGCCAUAGACUUUGACAACUUCAUCUGCUGUCUGGUCAAACUGGAAGCCAUGUUUAGAUCUUUCCAGCAGCUAGACAAAGAGGGAGAAGGUGUGGCUGAGAUGAACAUCACUGAGUGGCUUUAUAUGACCAUGUGUGGUUGAAGAGGACCAGUCUUGUCCCAGGAGACAGAACAGCCAAGUGCCCGGCAGAGUGCCUCUUCCCUGGGACCAUGAAGAACUUCCUAGCCUUAUUGUCCUCUGCCUGAUCCUGAACUAUAGGGCCCGACCUGUACUGUACUGUGUUGGCUCAGAUAUUUUAUUUCCCCGUUGUCCUUUCCGGCACGGUUCCAGCUACUAUGGUGAAAGCAUAACCAGUUCAGUUCAGUUCAGUUUCGGGUCCUAUAGUGCGAAUCACUUACUCCUGCCAGCUACACGACAGCACGCCCUCUCACCUACUCCACCUCAGCCAACCCCAUAUAGCAGCGAGGGUACUAUUAGCCAUGUAAUGCAGGGUGAGACCCUUCCAAGCUAAAGACCACACACACCACACACCCUAUGCUACGGGGUUAGCUUAGCUAUACAUAAUGUUGGAAUUGUUUGAUAGAAAAAACAGUCACUGUAGAACUGUAGAUCUGUCUGUAAGCAGCAUGGGUCAUAGUAGAACUUGUAUUGAAGACAUUAUUUGACUGUGCCCAGUAGGGGGCAGUAUUGACUAGUUUCAGAUCUGGUGUGUGGUUAUCAUGUUACUGUGUAUGAGAAAAUACACUAUUUUAGUUAUUGUUCCGAAGUAUAACUAAUCUGGCUGAAAGUAUAGCAAAUCCUAGUUUUAUGGGUUUAAAUAUUUCAUAUUGGAUAUUAUUUUAGACACUGACCAAGUGGAUUGGAUUACAAUGCAGAUUAAAAAGGGAUGGUUUAUGGUUCAUCUAAUUUUGACUUUGGGGGGUAUAAUUAAUCUUACCUUGUGUUGUCUAUAUGGAUGAAUUAUCACUAAAACCAAAAGGAAGCUGUGAGAGAAAGAGUCCAACAUAAUAAUGGAAUCAAGCAAUGCCUACUGUAUUAACAAGCUGUCUCUCCCUAUAAUGAGACAGCUUUUGUUAGUGACAUUUCAUAACAUAUUUCAAAGUAGUAGAGAAUAGAUCACUUUUAUUUAUCUCUAUUAUUUCUGAUUUCAUCUAAUAUCUACAUGUUGCUGUUAGAGAAGUUCAGAUUGUGUCAAUCCUGUCUCCAAAAGCUAGUGAUUGUAAAUGUAGGGUGUGCCUUCAAUAAAGUCAUGUUCAUGGUAA